AUGAGUGAUAAUGACAAGCUGUCAAUCUCACAAAAACUAUUAAAGAAAAUAUCUGUCCGAAAUUUAAGUGACAAUACAGUCGGCCAUCAUUCAGAAUCCAGUGAAAGCCUCAGUACGAUGGAUUCCGCUUCUCCUGAAAUUUCAAGCUCACAGUCUAAAGAGCAAGCGUAUCACAGUGACUCUAGAUUCAGAAAAUACGUGCAAUUAGUGGAAAAAAACUUACAAUCGUUCGACGCCGUUAAUGAAUGGGCUGACAUCAUUUCAUUUCUUGGCAGAUUACUCAAAUCUUUUCAAGCUUAUCCUCAAUUUCCUGUCAUACCCCGUAAAGAUUUGGUUGCCAAAAGAUUAGCACAGUGUCUUAACCCAGGUUUUCCAGCUGGUGUGCAUCAAAAGACAUUGGAAGUUUAUGCAUACAUUUUACAUACUAUUGGGUCGGAUCAACUAGCAGAUAAUCUAGCAUUAUGGUCCACUGGCUUAUUUCCUUUUGUACAGUACGCUGCCACUCAUGUCAAGCCUCAAUUGUUGUCAUUAUUAGAAAAGUACUAUAUACCAUUGAAUGGCAGAUUACGGCCUGCUAUGCGAGGUUUCAUCAUAGCUUUGUUGCCAGCAUUAGAAGAAGAAGGAAGUGAAUAUUUUGAUCAAGUUGUUGCAUUGUUGGAAGCAAUAUCAGAAACAGUCGAGUUGCCGUAUUUUUAUUCUUGCAUGUGGUUAGUGAUUAUCAGCAAUCCUGGCCUGCGACCACCAGCAUUGAACUAUUUGUUAAGGAAACUACCCAGAAUAACAGAUAAAGAAGCUGUUGCUAUGGUUUUAGGAGGAAAGGAAAAUGUCAGUCUGAUGGUUAGGGCAUUCUCAGCAACCCUGAAUGAUCAACAAUUACUGGUUCAGCGAGGCAUGCUGGAAUUGUUAGUUCAAAAUUUUGCACUCAAGAACUCCACUAUACCUUAUGAUGACUUGGUCAUUUUGAUGCGAGCAGCUUUGGGUAUUGUGUUGCGUAAAGACAUGUCUUUGAAUAGACGAUUGUAUGCUUGGUUAUUAAGCAACGAAGAAUCAGCACAGGCGCAAAUGCUUUACUUCCAGACUUACGCCGAAAAACCUGCUACACAAGCUGUUCGUAGUAUGCUUCAAUACCAGCAUAACAAUCAUUAUACCACCGUCUCCUGGAAUACACCGGUAGAAUUGGAGCAACAAAGACCUUACAAAAUCUUAAUAUCAUUGAUGGAUAAGUGGGAGAUAGGUCAACCGAUUGUAAAUAACGUAUUCAUUGAUUCUCUGCACAGUUUACGCUCAAUUCAACUAUCUCCAACGGAAGGUGGAAAAACUGAAGUGAUAAGGACAGCUAAUAUGUGGAUGGAUAUGAUUGAACCUUACUUAAUAUGUAGAAAACUGUUUGAAUUGCUGGACAAUGACUUUACAAAUAUAACAUCAUCAUCAUCAUCAUCAUCAUCAUCAUCAUCCAAAACACAUAAAAAGGCUUUCUCAACGUUUGUGGAGAAUCUUGAGUUAAUGGAAUUUGUAGUGGACUCGAUCCAUUUCACAGAUGACGAAAUAAAACAUAUCCAUUUUCCGCUUAUUGUAACGGCUAUGACUAAAAAAAUCAAAGACGCUUUGAUGGAUAAGAACAGCUUUGUGAAUAUACUUCCAGAAAUUGUAAAAUCGAUCAAUUUGAUUUUCGACUUAUUAGAGCGCCUGCCAGAAUCUAUUUUAUUGAACCGCUCAGCACCACCUAUAUACAAUUCAAAGAAUGAACCCAAGACGGAAGGAGGAGAGGAAAAUGCUGUAGGAAGUAAACGAAAACAGUUUAAAACAGGCAUGGAUAUUUUAGAGUACGCAAGGGCAUAUUACGGUUUAGGAAAGCAGAAGGAGAGUGAGAAGAUAAACGGUGACAUCAAUGAAGAGGGUGACCUAUCAGUUACUGAUGAUACGAGCAAACAGCGAAUACAGCAACAAAUGGCAUAUCAAGGUCGAUUAGAAUAUGAUCCAUUGCGAGGUCAGUUACUAGUAAAGGAAUUAGCAGACAAUCUCAGCAAUUUCUUCAUUGACUUUGCUAGCAAUUUUAUUGUUGUGAAUCGAAAUAUGAUGGCCAGAUCUAUGGAAAGUCAACUUGAGCGUAUUUUUUUGGGUGUUUGCUCAGCUAUCAGCUAUAUUGUCAAAUAUGCCGAUGAACAACUCACACUUGAACGUGGCAGAGAAUUUACAGAUGUUCUUAUUAAAUGCUGUGAACAGUUGAGGGUGUUUGGUAUUGUCGAUGCCAGCAUAUCAACGCUGACACUACUAGUAAAACGUAAAAGGUUCAUUCAUUACUCAGUGGUCAAUUCUAUAUUGCAUACCAAAGCCAUAAUGCACACCUUAUGGUGCUUCCUAUUGCCUUCUUCACAACUACUCCACAUGCGGACUGUUGAAUUGUUGUGGCUUCUUAUAGAUGCUUCACCUGCAAUACCCCAUCAAGUUGAAGCACUUAUUUCUAACUAUUUGAUUGUAACAGACGAACAGGAAAGAUUAGACAAUUAUGGAAAGUUUGGAAUUAUUUGGGAGCUGUCAGAAAAUUUACCAGAAGCCAGUACUGUUUUCGCAAGGCCUAUAUUUUUGAUACUAGAUUUGCUAAGAGAAGGUGCUUCGCCGUUAGAACGACGCACUGGAGAUCAAUGGAUCCGACGUCAUUUGAAAAGUUAUGUAAGACUGUUAGAGCCUUUCUUUCUGUCAUUAAUGGAUUCACAGUUACUCUAUCAGAGUGCGAGUCUCUCUGUUGAUUGGAAACAUCAAUCUUUAGUCGAUCAGUCGCAGCAAGAGGGAAAGACAACUUGUUUACCCUACUAUGUGUACAAAAAGUCGUUCGAUAUGGAUGUUGUAGAUUACAUGUUUACUUCUUUGAUCACACUGAUUUCUUUUGGAGGAUUAAGUGUCUUGAAAGCGUUCAAAAAUCACACAAUUAGCCAUGAGAGUAGAAUUGCCAAAUUGGCACAGAGUGUUUUUCAAAUAGACACGAGUGGUUCACUGUCAUCCUUGGAUUUGGUUGUCCUUAUCACCGUUAGGUUUCUUGAAACGGAAGCCAACAAGGAACAGCCAAAAGCUGUUAGAAAGUCUGUCUGUAGUAUUCAACUUCAUGCUGCUGAUGUAUUAUAUCUGAUAGUAUCAAAAUUAGAUUACGUCCAAAUGAGCCUUUUGCAGCAAGUCUAUCACUCUGUUUUGAACAAACUCCUCUUCUGUAUCGAUCAAAAAAUCAUGGAACUUCAACAAAAGUUACUGCACCUAUUACAUGCAUGUUUAGCUAUCAAUUUUGCCAGCGGAAACAGUAGUAGUAACACUUUGCAGCAGUUCAAAGAGAAGUCGUCUGCGCGUAACAACAGCACAAGCUCAUUACACCGUCAACAUCGAAAACGGGAAUCUGCGGGCAGCAUCAACUCAGCUAGCAGUAAUUCUCAAGUAGGGAGCUAUAAUACAGACGCUAUCUCAUUGAUGCAGCAGACAACAGAUCUGCUAGUCAAAUGUAUCCUUGAUGCUUUCACUGUCAAUGAAAAUCGCAUCAUGCAUCAGCAUUGGAUGGAUUUUGUACUUGCUAUUCUCCCUUACAUUAGGCACGGCUUCCGCUGUCUUAUUUUACCUAUUCUCAUGUGUGUGUGUCACCAAAUCAACCUACGUUGUGAUACUAUUGAAAUCAGUCUCCAUGAGAACCAUCAAACGACUGCCACUUGCACUUGCUCCUCAGCAGAGAAGGAAGUGAUGAUUUUAUUGAUGGGAUUAGAAAAAAUGCUGAUGUUUUGCUUAACAGAAAGCCAACUCAGUGACGACUGGUUUAUUCAUUGUUUUGACAAGUUGCAUUUACCCAUUCCAUCUUUACCUCACCACGAAAGCUCUGCUUUAAUUGGAUUUGCACAAGUAGUUCAUUAUGGCUACGAUGCUGCUAUCAUUGGCGGUGGCGGGGACCACCUGCAUCAUUUACACAAGUCUGCAGCCAUAUCCUUGGGAAGACCGCGCGACACUAUCAUGUACCAACUGCCCGUCCUACUACAAAUUUUGUUGAACGUUUGGUAUACAUUUAGAAAGCCGGAAUGGAAUGCCACAGUUAUUGAGACACUAGGCGAUGCGAAAACGGCUGCUAUACUUCAAAGUUUUUCCAACUCUGCAGAUCAGGCAAAAGACCGACUACAAGCGAUCUUUGAAAAAUUGUUUAAAUAUUCUGCAAUGGAUUAUGUGGAGGGCUGGAUAGAGAUUUUUUUCAUGGAAAACCCCACUGCACUCGAAUUCAUUCGCAAUGAUGAUGUUUUACCGCAAGUAAAGCAGCAGCAACAACAACAACAAGACGAUAAGGAACAGCUUACAAAAAAACAGUACAAUAUGAUGGCUAUGUACAUUUUAUCAAACACACUAUCGAGCACGCCGCAGCAUAUCAUUUCGACGUUGUUGGAUAGUACUCGUCAAAGAACGCCUGGCACUUAUCAAAGCAGAAGACGCAAAUUAUUACGCCAAGGCAAACUGUCUCCUACUUCUAUUUUGAGAUUCACCGAGAUUUACUGCGGGUAUAUCCGAAAUCCAGAAGCUCUCGUUCUUCUGUGGCCAAUUAUUCAUCAGUUCUCUAAAGAUUACUUAUCUCAGGCCAGCACCUACAAAAUGUUUUUACCAAGCCUGAUGCGAUUCCUUACGGUUGCCUUGGAGGAACUAAGCAAGUCAAGCACAUAUGAGCAAGAUCGACGUAUGCGAAGAGAUGCGCAAGAGUUAUACCAACGUUGUAUUGAUUAUUGUAUUUUGAUUGCUGGGAAGUCAUUGGAACAACAGAGCUCAUGGAUGAUGCGUGCCACAGGAGCGGCUGGAGGUAGUGGCACUACAACCAAAGCAUCCUCUCUGUCAUCGUCCUCCUUGAAUGUGUCCUUGAAUGACGAUACCUUAUCGGAAGAGAAAAGCAUUCUGGAGCAGUCAUCAACGGGUGAUUUGGUUACUGAUAGUUAUCCACAUAGCAAUUUAAGUCAAAGCAACCUAUCUGUUCAUGUCACAAACGCUGCUGUCAAUACAACCGAGACAGAAUUGAAUACAACAAAUAACAACCAUGCUAAUAUGCGACACAACCCUUCAUUCAGCAGCGUUUCUGAGAUGGAAAAGAGAGCUAUUUGGAAGCGUAAUGAAGAUGCUCUGAUCAACCAAAUCAACCAAUACCUCGCUAGUCAAGUCAUACCCCGUCUGCGUCAAUUAGUAGCUGACAACGACAAAAUUAACUCACUUUUGAAUAACCUAGUUUACUAUGUCAUUGGACCUGCUCUCAAAUCAAAGUCAAAACCACAGGCAGUAAUUAUGGACCAACUUGUUGAGAUGGCUCGGAUGCCUUUUACGUACAAAACAUGGCGAAAAGAAAUAUGGGACAUGUUUAUCGACAACCGCUUCUUCCAUAUGAGCAGCACGACAGCAAGCCAAUGGAUGCGCAUUAUUCAAACCAUAUUUACCAUUGAAAAGGAGCGUAUGACCGAAUUGAUGAUGCGUAUAAGUACAACAGCCUAUUCUACGGCUUUCUUUACCAACAAAGAUCAAGAGGCCCUUAACCGAUCUCUCAACCUGCGCCGCCUAUCCUUUGUGCUUUUAGCCGGUUCGGUCGAUCAAUAUAUCCAUCAGUUACCUUUAAUACAGGAGAAAAUAGUGGAAUUGCUCAAGCUGGAUCAUAAAGAAAUGGUUCAUGUAGAGAUCUACACGUGUUUGAGGAUUAUUUUGAUGCGCUUCUCUCAAAAGCAUCUCAUGAACUUUUGGCCGGUAUUGAUUACAGACUUGAUGCGAUUGUUUAAUUCUUUCAUAGAAUCGGCUACAGCAACAGAGGGGGGAUUCCAAGACAAGCCUGAAGAAGCCCAAGCGCUGUUGGCAGGAUGCAAAUUUUUGGAUCUACUAUGUGCCCUUGAAUUAGACGCGUUUCAGAUUUAUCAGUGGAUUUUCAUCCGUGAUACAGUAGAAACACUGAUCAACAAGUCCUCGAGCAAUGAGGGUCCCAUUCCGCUCACCGAAUCAUUACAUCAAACACUUCAGGUCGACACCAAAAACAACGGUACUACUACAUCAGAAAAACCAGAUGCGUUUGAUUACUCAUUCGCUAAUAGCAGUCAUUUAUUAUCUUCAACCACAUCAUCACCCGCAUCCACUGCAGAACCCUCUUUGGGUCUAUUGAAACGUCCAAUGCUAACCAUGCAUCAUAUCACAUCUAUUCGACAAUUGUCUUUCUUCAUUGAACAUAUUGGACUUUAUGUAUACCAGUCAUCAUUUACAUUAGCUAGACCUGAUUUACCCUUUAUAGAAAGGUUAUUACAGAAUGAUCUUUUAGAGGAAGAAUAA